AUGCCCGCGGCUCUUCGACUGGCCGUUGUGGCCAUUUUUGGUGCAGCAUCGACAUCCGCAGCCUGCAUCUCGCUUUCCGGUUCUCGCCUCUGCCCGGCAUUCAAUGGCUCGUCUGUUUCUACCGAUAGUGCGGGGAAUUUUCCAUUCCUGGCCUUCGUCUCCAACACCCAGGAUUUUGAUACCAAAUUUGCUACAUACAUAACGGACCAAUAUGUGCAAACAAAAUACCAGGACCUACUCGGCUGCACCGGACUGAAUUUAUCGGAUACGUCGAACUUGUACGCACGAUUUACAACCAGCAUUCUUUGCAAUCGUAUGGUGCAGGAAGCCCAGGGAUCGUGUAGAUCGGAAAAUGCCCCGGCUGUGCUAUGUGCUGACAGCUGUGCACAAUUCGCUACUAGCGAACAGAUUAUUGCGUCCGAUCCUAUGACCUGUAAUUCGACACGGUCCGACAAGACUGAUCAAAUUCGCUCCGACUUUACAAUUUGUGCGCUGCCUGCCGAUUCUCUUAGUGGGAGAUGCAUACCAGCUAUUGAAAACGAAAGCAGUAAUUGUGGUUAUAAUAAUAAUCUUCCCGGGCUAUGCUCUUAUUGUGGCACAAGUUCUCCUAAUGCGACAGAUACUUGCUGCUAUAAUGUCGACCUUAGCGAAUGUGCCGGGGUCCGACUACCUCCGACAACUUCGCUGCCUCCUCUGUUCACUACGACUGUAACUGCUACCCCAACGGGUGGCGCUGGAUCUGGCAGCGACAACAAGCUAUCGGGCGGUGCUAUUGCCGGGAUUGCGGUCGGUGCCAUUGCAGCUAUCGCCUUAAUUGCAUUACUCGCCCUCUGUCUGGUCCGAAAAAAGAGAUCGAAGGUUACCAAGGACGAAGGCUCAAUUUUCAACCAACAAUCACCCCGCCGACGAACAUUAGAGCAAGGUCAGAUGGUGUAUCCACAGGGCAGUCGAAAUGAGGGGUAUGAGGCUCUUCCCAGCAACAGAAUUGCUAGGAUGUCUGCGCUGGAGAAUAAUAAUACCUCGAGCGAGGUCGGUGCUACACCUUCGACCCGGGGAGCACGUAGUGGGCGUGGACGGUUUAGUUCUUCGUCGCCCGCUCCAUACGGAGAGAAGGCGUUGAUGCCACCACCCAGAGGCUCUAGGACUGUUUCGGUAUCCAGUGGCUCGAUGCUUGAUACUAUGAACUCGCCAAUGUCGGAUGCUCGGGGUGGUAUCUCAUCACCGAUGUAUAACGGUAGUUCCCAGUCGGAGCAGUUGCCAGCGUUUAAGGAUUAUUAUUCGGCUGACAACAUCAAACCGGGUGACGAUGUGGCGACUCUUUGGGCGUAUGCUCCCCGUGCCAAGGACGAGUUUGAGCUAGAGAGGGGUGAUAUGCUUCGGGUCCUGGGCAUCUGGGACGACGGUUGGGCUACUGGUGUCCGCAUUAACGGUCGAGCAGAAGAUUACGUGCAGAGGAGACCGCAGCGGGACAGUGGCCUUUCUGCUCAAACAGAUCCGGAACUAAACGACCCCACAAUAGGCGCAGACGUUAAAGCUUUCCCACUUGUUUGUGUAUGCUUGCCACAACAUUGGCAAUUGACAAUCGAGCGAGAAAGCGAAGAAGAGUUCGGCGGGCCUGGAGUAGAACACCGCAGCUCGGACGAAGUGAAUGAGAAGGCCAGCUCCUCUGCAUCGAGAAGGAAUCUUGGUUCUGAUCCUGCUUCUGAUCCUAAACGGUAA